GAGAAAAAAGGGAGGAGAAAAGUGGGAGUGUACAUACAACUCUUGCUCUACUACACAGUGUAAAAAAGGGGAUGGGACAUCAAAACAAUCAAGAGAAGAGAAUCUCUGUUACCUUCUCAUUCCUCCUCUGGAGCUAGAAUCUCUGUUACCUUCUCAUUCCUCCUCUGGAGCUACUGAAAACAGCAACAACAACAACCACCAACUGACUGAGACUUUUCACAUCUCAAAACUAGACAAUCCACAUUCUCCCUCUUCAAAACAGGACAUUUAACCCCCUCCACCCUGUGGCCAUGGGAGAAGACUCAUUGCACACCGAGCGCCUCAGCAAUAGCAGCAGCAUUUUGGUCAACCCCCAGCAGUACCAUGCACAGCAAGACAACAUGGACCUCCUGGUGCCCAGCUUCAGCCCCAGCUCGGCUCCCUCCUCCCACACUGACACCCUCUCCAGGCUGGGCUUGAAAACCCCCGGGAGCCCCGGAAGUCCCACCAGUCCCAUGGCCAGGGAUCAGGUGAGUGCCAUCACAGUGGUGGCUCUACUUGACAAGCUGGUCAACAUGCUGGAGGCGGUGCAGGAGAACCAGCUGCGCAUGGAGCAGCGCCAGGCUGACCUGGAGGGCGCCGUGCAGGGGGUCCAAGGCGACGUGACUCGCCUGUCCAAGAACCACACCAGCACGUCCAACAGCAUGAGCAAGCUGCUGGAGCGCUCGCACAAGGUCAACACCCACAUGAAGGAGGUGCGGGAGCGUCUGGACAAGCAGGCGUCGCAGGUGAAGCGGCUGGAGGCCAACCAUGGACACCUGCUCAAGAGGAACCAUUUCAAAGUGCUCAUUUUCCAGGAAGACAACGAGAUCCCCUCAAGCAUGUUCAUCAAGGACUCCCCCAAGACCCGCCAGGCCAGCCAGCUUGAGGACGACGCCCCUGCGGCACCUGCCCCGGCCGUCACCGGCACAGAUGCCAACCGCUCUCAGGAGGAGGGUCUCCAUAACAUCAGCCUGUACUCCUCCGACAAUGACACCAGGGGUCUCCACGAGGACGACGAAGCCCUGGAGGGAGAGGAAGAGCUGGACCUAGAAGUGGACCUGCCCUCCUUUGAGAGAUCCAGAGCCGACCGGCUGAAGCGCUCCAGCCUGAAGAAGGUGGACAGCCUGAAGAAGGCCUUCUCGCGCCAGAGCAUCGAGAAGAAGAUGACCAAGAUCAGCACCAAGAUCGUGCCGCCAGCGAGCCGUGAGAAGAUCAAGAAAAGCUUUACACCAAACCACCCUAAGAGUCCCGCCGCCAAGAGCUCUUCUUUCAAGGUGUCGCCCAUGACGUUCAAUGUGAAGAAGUUGCGAGGCGAAGGGGAGGCCUCGACACAGCCCGGAGGCUCGCCUAGCGGGCAAGCCCACGUGGAGAUCCCUCCCCUGGGUAGCAUGGAUGGGGAUCUGCCCCUGGCUGAGAUGUACUCCCAGGAAGGGCUGGGUGUGGAGGGGGGAGAGGAGCUAGCUAGUCCUUCUACCACUGAGAGCGUGCAGGCCGAUUUGACCAUCAACGGAGAAGCGGGGAGCCUUGAAUGUGACCUGACCACCGAUCAUCCCCCGGGGCUUGCUCUCCAGGAGCAUGAUGAUGAUAUAGGGGAGGAGGAAGAGGUAGAGGAGUAGGAAAGUCCAGUGGAGGUAAAGGCCCCCAUAUCUGCUGUGGAGCAAGCCUCAAUCUCAUCCCUCUCAUCUUUUGCUCCUGCACAUUCCCUGGCCAUUUUAUGUUAACAUGCCAACACUGUAGUCAUCCCUCCAUCUUUCCAGCCUACCAAUUUCUGAAAAAUCUCAAGCUCCAGUGCUAAUGAUACGGAGCCCUUAAGCAUCCCUGGCCCUCCAAUGCCUCCAGCCCUGCAUGUACGAUUGAUCCAGGAGAUCCAUGGACAUAUCCCAGAUCCCAAGCUUCCAUUUCAGAGAUCCUGAUUGAUCAAGAGUGAUCAAGAUAUCCUGCAUCAGUUGCUCCUGCCUGGUGUGUAUAGCUACCUACCCUUCUUUGGGGCUACCUUAGGAAAAGAACCAACAAGCCAAGGGACUAUAACUCACCUUCCCAACUGGAACCUGGGCUUCUGAACAGCACAUCUCCAGGAUGUUGAGCCAACUCUCUCGCUCUGUGUAUCUGUCUUUGCAUGGGCCUCUCUGUCUGACGGAUAGUCUCUUUGUUCUCCUGCCUCGUUUGAAUGCCGGUAAAUCUUUGGCAAAGAGGGUAAAGCCCACAGCUUGGGAAGGGUAGCCCAUUGCCAGGUUGUCUGGGCAUUGGUAUGGGGUGGUAGCUAUGUUUCUAAAGCAAGGUUGGUGUAAGGCUGAGGUUUGUGACAUAUGCAUUUGACCCAGGUCUGGAUGUAACCAUACAACCUGAGUGCAGGGUUAAAAUGGAGCCAUAGCAUUAAGGCAAUUUCAUGCCAUCCCUACCUUAGUUCAUUUAUUUGCCAUAAUAUAUAUAAUCAGAGCUCUCUUGACAAAAACAGCUGGAAAAACACAGCUUGAAAGUGGUAAGUGGUUAAGGUUUUGGGGGAGGGUAAGUUGAUAUCUCUGUUUUAGGGUAAGGUCUACUGGGUACAUCACUGAGACAGAAGAUGACUUGGGACCUUAAGGCUUUACAAACUGGGAUUUUCCUAAAACACCCUAUAUCAGGGCAAUCAUAAUCUUACGUUUAUGUAUACAUUUGAUUGUAGGGAGUGAAAUAUCAGUAAGCGUAACGACUUAUAUAGACUCAUGUUUGAGUACUGUCACCUGGCUUUCAUAAAUAUACUGUAAAAAUUGUAAUGUUGGAGUUGAUUACGUGUGCAUUCGGUGCACCUAAUAUUAGCAUAGCACUCACAUGAACAAUGUUGACACAUUCCUAUAUGGUUGAAACACACAUGCACACAAACACUUGCUUAACUAGCACAUAUUUACCGAGGCACCCACAAAGACAAUCACACACACUUAUACACGCACGGAAUUCUUCAAAUUUAUACAGGCUGCCAUCCUGGAGUGAGGAAUUCCUGUUUUGGAAGCCCUGUUGAAAAAAAACAGCAUAUACCAGCAUAGGCUGGUGACCAGCCUUCAUUGUGUUUUGGACACUGGUCACCAGCAUUCCAGCAUAUGGUGGCCACCCGCAAAACCCGCAUCAAGUUACGUUAUGGUGGCUUUGCAAAGUGAUGUCUAAUUCCUAAUGGAAUCCAGCCUGAACGGGGAUAUCCAACAAUUGUAAUGUUUAUUCACCAACGAUUUGCAUUCAGAAUGACUGCCCAGGGUUUUGCCCUCAACAUCAAAUCAAGCUUUAUUUAUACAGCACAUUUCAGACAUGGAAUGCAACGCAAUGUGCUUUACAGGAAAAAAUAAAUUGAAAAUGAUUAAAAUACAGGUGAAAUAUUUACUACACAACAAACACAAGAUAAAAAACUAAAGAAUGGCACAAACUUAACCAAUGGCUGUGCUGUGUAGGCCUAUGGUGGCAGUUCAGGAGGAGAGUCAAAGGCUUUUUCUAAAAAUGAUUUUGAUUAGGCCUAAUCCAAAAAUGCACUCUUGCGUGUGGACUAUCCUGAAGCCUUUGUUCUGUUCAGUUCAGUUUGAGAAGGAGAGCGCAAAGAUGACGAGGACCUGAGAUCAACUUUGAUUGCGUGCUACUUCUAUAAUUUAUUUUAUUAAAAACAAUGUUACUCUUCCAUUCUGAAAGUGUAUUGAUCAGAGUUAUUGGCCUCAAUAUCAGCCAGAUUUGAGUAACUUACAUUGUGAUGACUGAAACUUGAAACAGCAGCUGUGGUACAAUCAACUGGAAAUUGACUGCUCAUGGUGCUGAAAGUGGGCAAAUUUGAGUAGGCAUAAUUAAUUAGACAUUAACAACAAGAGGGCUUUGUGUUGGAGCCUAUUUAUUCAUAUUUAAGAAAUAAGAGGUAGGCCUAUCUGUUUGGCAGAUUAAAUUAGGCAAUAGGCUGCUAUAUAGAUAUAUUUGUCAGUCAAUUCCAUGUCAGUGAAGGGCUGUUAGGUUAAAACCAAGACUCAAAUUGAGGGGGUAUGAGGGUAUGCUAUAGCCCUACUUUUUAUGAAAGAAAAUGGCAAAAAGCACAAGCUUACCUCUUGUUAGUUUAAGAUUUUAAAACUGAUCCGAUUAUAUAACGUGAUAUAUUAGAGCGCUUUGGUUUCUUUGACAUUCAGAGGCUGAGACACAACCUUCUAUAGCCGAGGACCAAAAAAAUAUACUUUGCUUGGGAAGUAAUCUAAUUCUCUCACUAUCAAUUGAUUAAGCAAUUCACUUUCUGUACAACAAAUGUUUAAACCCAGACAACUUUUAGGGAAACAGUUGUGACCAUCUCUCGUUGGGUUAAGCCACGGGAAAGGGCUAUUGUUUCUCAGACCUGCAAAUACGAUGAUAGAUUCAUGCAAUGCUUUUACUAUAAAGGAGAUCUUUCCACCCCUACUCUUGCCCAUGGUGGUCUGUGAACCCACAACCUUCUGGCCAGCAGCCCUGUGCGCUAUCAAAAUUCCUGCAUUGCCAUGUAAUGCUUACAGGAAGAAGAACACUUUCUAAAACUGUUUCUAGAAGGCUCUGGUCUAUCCAAGAUGUGAGGAUAAAUGGUAUAGACAUGUUCUCCACUAUCCACUUUGUUUUAAUUAUUAUUAUUUGGGGUAUAAGGGAGAGUCACUUUUUUUUCAAGCAUUCAGGGAGGGUUUAAUUUAAAUGUAACUGAUGAAGGUAGGACUGUCCAUAAUAAUUUCAGAAAGAUCCCAUUUUCUCCACGUAUCCCUUACUACAAAAUAAUGUUCACCACCUAAACUGGAACAGUUUCAGUAACGGGUGCAAUAAGUUCAACUAAGAUAUUGGGUUAGUACGUAUGUUAUGUAUCUUUGUGUAGCAUAAGAUAAAUUAAUUGAUUAAUUAAAACAAACUUUUCUAGAAAAUCAAACUGCAAUAUAGCAUGCUGGGAAAUAUGACAAUGAUGAGUGUAGUUUAGCAGACCAGCUUGUCCAGCUAGACCAUGCUGGACCAGCAUACACCCCAAAGAAGAAAAAAAAGUGUAUUUGCCAGGGCUGAGGGUAAUUUUAUUUUUCAUAUUAAGGGUUCUUCACUGCUGUGAUAGUUGUGCAGAACCAUCCCGUUAUUUCCCUCUCCACGGUGUUUUCCUUUUAUGCCAUGUAAUGCUACACUGUUGCAAAGUUCCUUUAAUUGCAUGGUACACUAUAGGCUACUGAUUGCAGUGAAAGGAAGGUAAACAACAAGUUACUGAUUUUUUACAGCUGAAUGAAGGUGUUAUUGCUGUAAAACAACAGCAUUCUGCUGAAUGCUAGUUACCUAAGACUAUACCUCACUUGGGAUUUGAACUCAAACUCUUUGUUGCUAAUGACCUGAACUUCCUGCUACACCACCAGCUCUAUGUGCAUGACAGAGCUUGGCCACAGAUGUAAUGGCGAGAAAACAGUUCUGCACACUGCUAGAAGUUGCCCAGAAUCAAGUCAAUAAUUUUAUAAUUAUCUGACAACACCAAUGUGAAAAUAUCAGUAUUCAGGGACACUUGAUGUAAUGUGUGCAUAAACGCUUUGGGGAUUUGAACUUACAAGCCUUUAGGCGGAAAUGUAUUAAUGUUUCAGCAGUGCCACCAGGUACAUCUUUGUUACCAAGAACAUGUGCAUUCAGAAAGUAUUCACCUCUUGACCUUUUCCCCCCAUUUUGUACAGCCUGAAUUUUAAACGGAUUACAUUGUGAUUUAUUUUGUUACUGGCCUAACACAAUGCACCAUAAUGUCAAAGUGGAAUUAUGUUUUUCAAGAUUUUUACAAAUUAAUUAAAAAUUAAAAGCUGAAA